GAAAUUCCACUCGUCAUUCUAUCACGCAGAAGAAUGGCGUCCGCGAAGGAAAAAACGGCUAAGCGAUCGCCAUCUAAAACUGAUACUACGGGAGAAAAUACGAGUACUCCGACUGUGUUAAACACAUUUGCCAACGACGGUAGCUUUCUAGAACUUUUUAAGAAACGAAUGGAAGCAGAGUCUCAAAAACUGCAGUCGAAAUCUGAAAGUACGGUUGGGCAAAGUACAAGUUGUGAAAAGAAAGAUGAAAAGACAGUGGACAAAGAAUCAUGUACAAAGAGAGAUAACGAUGGAAAAGCUCCUGGGCCUUCGCUUCCAUUAACACAGCAGGUCUGGUUUAGUGAGGAAAGAAUGAUAGAGUUGUAACUUUUAUGGGGAAACAUUCCUAUGUGGAAUGUUUCGUUUUGCGCGGCUGAACGAGAAAGAUAUAUAAUCUGAAAUAUCUCAAGAACCCUUAGGGUGACUAGCAUCUAGUCUCUCCCUACAAUAUCAUCCCUGAAUCACACAUUAAGAUCAUGAGAAUAAAGGAAAUGAUCACCAACGAAAGAAGCUUUUGAUCGCUAAACAAAUUCUCCUCGUCAGCACCUUAAGAAAUGUAUAAAGAACAGUAUGGAUAAUAUACAUACUGAUGUUAGGGUGUAAAGGGUUAUUCUUAUCUUAUUUCGAAGUUGAAAUUGUUUCAAUUUUUUAUAAGAUUACAAGGGGUUGCACACCAACGUUCUACAUUGCAAUGCAUUUCCAUUGCUUUUGUCAACAGAUGAAAAUUAUUUUUAACUUUGUUUUAGGAAGACUUGGCAUUUUCAAACUUUGGUUACAUACUCUUGCUUGUUGUUUGAUCAAAACCAUGCAGCUUGGAUAGCAUGUUUGUUUGUUUGGUUAAGUUAAUGAUAUUUUUAUUGACCAAAAAAUCGUGAUUCAAUUCACUAGUUGCAAGGUGGUUUUAAUCAUAUACAGAAGGAAAACAUUUCAAGCGGCAUUUACCAGCUGUUUGGGCUUGAUGUUGUCUUAUGGUAUUAGUAUUAAUCUAACAAAUCUAGGGUAAGAGGCAAUUUACUGUUGGAAAGAUGGGUGGUGCAUCACGGCAGAUCCAUGCAAAGAAAAUGAAGAAGGACAAAGCAGCAGCUGAAGCAGUGAAAAAGGCUCAGGAAGAG